AUGAAGGCCAUUAAAAUUCCUAAUGUAACAUUACUUGAUGCUUUUGGAAAUCCAGUUGGUAUUAAUAGUCAUGAUCUUAGAGAUCCAUCUAUAACACCUAAUUCAUCUUCGACUGAACAAACGAAAAAAAGUUCAGUGAACAAUCCUUCUGAGGAUAUUAAGAAAUUGACGUUAGCUACAGAUUCAAUAAAUAAGCCGCACAAUGCUGAACGAUUAACUGUUAUAGGAGAAACGCCACUUCAUAUUGCUGUUGUUUAUAAUGAUAUAAGUUCAGUAAAACUUUUAAUCAAACACGGUGUCGAUGUUAAUAAAUGUGUUGUUGGUAAUUUUAACACGCCAGAUAAAUAUCGGAAUAUUGAGGAAGAUAAAAAUGGAAAACGAAAAAGAAUUCGACUAUUUGUUAACCGUCAGACUAAAUCACAAAAACAAUUUGAUCCACAAAAUAGUAGCAUUGAAACUCAUGCUUACUAUGGUGAAUAUCCAUUAGCAUUUGCUGCAGCAUUUGGUCAUUUAGAAAUAUACGAUUAUUUAAUUCAACAUGGUGCCGAUCCAAAUCUGCAAGAUUCUUAUGGAAAUACAGUUCUACAUAUGCUCGUUAUUCGAGACAGCAUGGAUAUGUUUAAACAUGCUGUUCGACAUCCAUUAAAAAAAGCUCGUACAGAUAUUCGAAAUAAUUCUGAUCUAAGUCCAUUAACAUUGGCAGCUAAGCUUGGUCGUAAAGAACUUUUCCUUGAAUGUCUUGAAUUAGCUCAUGUGGAAAUUUGGCGUUAUUCUAAUAUAAAAUGUUGCACAUAUCCCCUUCGUGGUAUUGAUACAAUAACUGAUGGUGGUCAGAUAGAUUGGAAUUCUUCAUUAAUGUCAAUUGUUAGUGGUAAAACUGAAGAUCAUUUAGACAUGCUUGAUAAUAUGGUCAUAGAACGUUUAUUAAAUGAUAAGUGGUCUUCAUUUGCUCGAGUUACAUUUGUUCGACAAUUAGUUUUACUUUGUUUACAUCUAUUAUCGUUAACAACUGCAGUAUUUUUACGUAAUCCAAAAGGUGAUCAACCGUUAGCAAAACGAAUUAUAUGUCAUAUUGCUGAAGCAUGCGUCUUAAGCGGUUGUAUAGUUAGCAUAUUCGCAUUGCAAGCAAAAGAAAUUUAUUUACAAGGUUUUGCUUAUUAUUUACAAAAUUUAAAAAGUUAUCCAGAAAAAUUUCUCUAUCAAUGUUCAUGUAUACUAAUAAUACUAGCAGCACCGUGUCGUGUAUUGUAUUUUCUGACAAAUAACAUAACGUUUGGUUACAUUGAAGAUGGUUUAGUAUCGCUUGCAAUACCUGGAACAUUUUUAUUUUUUCUGUUUUUCGGAAGAAUCUAUGAGUUAACAGGUGCAUUUAUCGUUAUGAUAUUUGAGAUGAUUACAGGAGAUAUAGCGACAUUUGGUGUCAUUUACAUAAUUGUUAUCACGGCUUUUGGUCAAGUUUUUUAUUUAUUAUUUCGAGAUACAACUGAAGGCGGCAAUUGUGAACGUGUAGUAUUAAAUGAGACAUGUGCAAAUGAUAACAUGUGUUCAUUUAAAAAUUUCGAAGCUUGGAUGACUAUGGUCCAUUUUACAAUGGGAGAAUUCGAUUUUUCUCGUUUUGAUCUAACACAUUAUUCAUAUUUAGUUAAAAUUUUAUUUAUUGUUUUCAUGAUAUUAACACCUAUACUUUUAUUGAACAUGUUGAUCGCUUCCAUGGGUAAUACAUACCAACGUGUUAUCGCAAUUAGUGAAAAAGAACGCAUCCGGCAGUGGGCUCAACUUGUAUUAACAAUCGAAAGAUCUUGCUCUGCAACACAACGAUUUGACUAUCAAGGUGUAUACGCCAUUGGAUCUGAUGAUAAGCGUGAUCUAAUGGUUAUAAAACGAGCAACAAAAAGUAAAGCAGCCCAAAGAAAAGGAGCUAUUGGCAAUUGGAAGCGAAUUGGAAAAAUUGUUCUAUAUUUACUUAAAAAACAAAAUACAACAGCCGAACACCUUCAACUUCGUCGGUUAUCACAUGAAUCUGUUAUUUUUCAAACAAGAGCACCAUUCGACAAUAUGAUUGACACCCUUACAUGGGAACGUGAUAUGGAUUUAUCUGGACCCAAAGGAUUAACAUUAUCAAAUCCAAAUCUAAAUUUAGGUUCAACACAAAAUACAGCAGAUUUAAAUUCGUUGGUAUCACGUCCACCUUCACCUCCACCACCGCAGUUUGUAACUAGUGAAUUUCCAAUUCCAUCAUCAAUACCACAACAAUUAACUGGCGAUAGGAAACCGGUACGUCGUUCAGAAUUAUCUGAACUUCGUUCUCGACCGUCAUUUAUUGAUUAUGAAGACUUAGAAGUAUUUCGUCAUAUGCAAUCACUAGCAAAAGCAUCAAAUGUUUGGCAUCAGCAACCCACUCGAAGACCUUCUAUGGUACCUGUUGAUGCUGAUGGUUAUCGAGACUUACUUUCGGAUGUUGAUAAUAGUCACGGAGAAGAUACCAAAAAGAUCAAAGCAAAGAAAUUCAUUCCACGUGGUACAUCGAGUACAAGUAUUAAAUCAAAAAUAAGUGAAACAACUAUUUGUUAG